CAUUUUCUUCCCUUCUUAAAUCUUCUUCAACUUGCUCCCCCUCUCUAUGGAGGUGAAGAAAAUAGUUCUGGAAAUGUUGAUCUAUGAUGAAAAAGAGAGGAGAAAAGCUAUGAAGAUAGUUUCUGAACUAACCGGGGUGAAUUCAAUUUCGAUGGAAAUGAAAGAGAAGAAAAUGACCGUGACUGGGGAGGUUGAUCCAAUAUGCGUGGUGCGAAAACUAAGAAAGUUUCGUCAAACAGAAAUAAUCUCAGUGGGACCGCUAAAAGAAGAGGAGAAAAAGAAAGAAGAUAAAUUGCCUGAGAUUCUUGACUAUAGAAAUAAUAUUCCAUUUUAUUUUAUUGAAGAAAUGUCAUAUGGACAUCCUUCUUCCUGUGUUAUUUUAUAGUUAAAUUUGAAUAUUCAACUCUAUAAAUAUAGGUGAACGGUUUACUUUAGAGAUGUAUUAAUGUGUAUGAUUAUAAUUA